AUGCCUGUACAAAAGUGCCUAAAACCAAGAUGUCAAAAAACUAAAUACAAACGUCGGUGUUGUACACGUAGAUGUACCCAUGAUAUUGAAGAAGCAAUAUCUUUUUUGUACUCUGCCAACUCAAUUUCGAAUCUUGUGACAUUACAAAGAAAAGCAUUUCUUAGCCCUCGAAAUAUCUUAGUUGACGAUUUCAACUAUAAAAUUUUAAAUAUCUUGCCAGGAACUACAUACACUUAUCUUAGCAAUGAUGUUAUUAAAGAAAAUGAUGACACCUUGAAUGAUCAUCCUUUUGCCACUCCAGAUUAUUUAGCAAACUUAACAUAUCCUGGGAUUCCUAAUCACGAACUUAAACUAAAAGUUGGUGCUAUCUGUUCCGUCAUGCGAAAUAUUUCUAUCAACAAAGGAUUAGUAAAAAAUGCCCGAGUUGUGAUAACUAGAUUGGGAAAACGGUUAGUAGAAGUCACAGUACUUAUGAAUGAUAAUACUAAUAAUAUAUCAGAAACUCACAUUCUUCCAAGAAUCAACUUUUACUUUCAACCUGAUUACUGUUCAUGGACAGUAUAUCGAAAACAGUUUCCUUUACGUCUUGCUUAUGCCACAACAUUCAAUAGUUGUCAAGGUCUUACAUUGGAUCGUGUUGUUAUUGAUCUUCGAACUCACGUGUUUGCACAUGGCCAACUUUAUACAGCACUUUCUCGC